CUUUUCUUUACCCUUAUUUUACAAUUGCUGGACCGUACCCUCUGUUGUCUGCAUGCCUUUUUAUCGUGAUCGCUGCGCUGUAACCGCUGAACGCCAUCGAUCCGUUGCGCCGACAUGAUGACGGAGGAAGUCUCUUGUGGUUUGCAUGCGCAAGCAUCGGAUUGUCCGCGUUCUGAAUCAGCCGGUUCCGUUACGCUAUGAUGCCAUCGGCAAGUCCUUUCGAUGAGGGAAGCCCCGUGCAACAUCAAUGGACCCUUUACUUGAAGCAGGCAGCUCUCUAUGCCACUAGUAUACACUACGUUUGAUUGGACAAGUUUUGCUGCUUACCGAUCACCGCGACAGUCGUACUCGGAGCCCCAAGAUCUCAUAAAAUACGUCGCGUCCCUAUAUAAUGCAUCCCCAUCGCACAUCACGUCAUCUGCUAAUGCUACUCAUGCUGGCUUUCUCUUGUUAUCAGAUAACGCCAUUGACACUGAGCACUUGACACCACGCAGUAGUGUCUGUGCCCCUUUAUGGAGUAUCAAUGGCUUAGAUAUCGCUGCAUAUUCUCUGGAAUUCCUCACUCGCUGUACGCGCGUGUAUGCGCAAGUGGACCCUCCCGUAGCCCAAGGAGCCCCCAUCAUUUACAAACAGGUUAUGGGUCGACUGGAUGGAGGAGAUCUGGUUCACCAUGAAAUGGAAAUACUCGACCAUAUCCACAAGGAUGGCUAUAUCGCAGGGGUUGUUCGAGGCGUUGAGUUCGAUGGGGAAUCCAUUACUAUCGACGUUAGCAUCUGGGACUCGGAUGAAUUGAACCAAUGGAAUUCCAAUGAAAUGCAUGGACAAGUGACCUCCCGAAGGAGUUCUGGAAUGAUCUACUUGGACACUGGUGUGCCAAUCUCGAAAGGGACGAUUGUCUUAGAUCUACUUGCAGGAUUCUUCGAUAUUGUGGAAGGGUUGCGUUAUAUCGUUGAACGCCAUAAAGUUGUUCACCGUGACACCAGCCCCUCAAACAUAUAUAUAUAUGCAAAGAGCGUAACGCCCCAAAACCCAGCUGCUCUUGCUGAGAACAUCCUGAAUCCUUCGGCUAACCAACCAACCUUCAUAAACAAAUACCUUGACCCUGACAACCCGAAUCAUCCCAGGGUCUGCAGAGAUUUUGAGACAGUUUUGUGGAACCCCACUAGAUUCUGGCCCAUGCCCGAGCUUCAAGGUGAGGUGCUCCACACGUACGGUAUGCUAUUUGGCGCUGGCGCAUAUGAGGCUGGUCAGGAGGAUUAUGAUGGAAACAACAUUCACGGAUUGGAGCCUGAAGGGAGUGAUGAUUCUGAAUCAAUGCAAUUAGCCAGGUUCAAGCAGAUAUUCAAGGGGAGGAGGUACCGUGAUAUCGACAUGUCGACACCUUUAUUCCUUGCGCCUUUGGAUUGGUGGAGUAGAGCACUUCAUCCAGAAAUGGGGCCAGUUCUUGGUGAAUUGCUUAAUAACAUGGGCUUGCAGGUCGGUCCAGAAUAUAAUCGAACCGAGGAGUUCCGAAGAUUGCUCCUUCAAGCAAUAGUGACCUUGAACCAGCAACCUCCCAUUACUUUAGACUCAAGUCGACGAAUUGCCCGGCUUUCUCCUUAUGGACCCUCAGUCUCAGUGAGCUUGGCUAAUUCGGGUAACAGUGCCGAAUAG